AUGUUCGGCUACACAGGCAGAAGCAGUGGAUCGAAAAGACCGGCGCCGUAUGCUGAUGAGGACGAUGACGAUGACGAUGACGAUGAGUCGGAUACUAUUAGCGUCGCAGAAGCCGAAUGGAAUGGCUUCAAACCCUUCGUGACUCGCAAGCAACUCACCAGUUUUUUAAUCAACGUUGUGCACAACGGGGUAGAUAAGGAGUUCGCGGCCAGAGGGCGAAGGCGUACUGACGGUAGUCCAAGCUCCGGGCCCUCAUCGAGGGAGCCCUACGGUUCAUCCAGUAAUGGGCGGACACAGUUCUCACCUGAUAAUGAGCCCAACUAUCGCUCGAGUUCUCGAGGGCCUGAGGCUGGUAAUAAUACGUAUGGGAGAGAUAGAAAUCAAGGAGGCCGACCUAGGGCAGCUUCGCAUCGAUCCUACGGUCCGUCCAGUGCUCGUGAUAUACCUUCCUAUGAUCGGGCAACACCACCACCGAUGUUCAGCCAAUCGUAUUUUAGCACUCAUUUUCCUCCUCCUCCACCUCAUAGUAGACACGAAUCAUACGAAGAAUGGAGAAAUAGGAGUUGCCGUCCUCCUCGCGCCGGACCUCCACCGCCUCAGCGGAGCCAGUCUUACACAGAGCAUAGAUCUCGUGAACCUUCAGCACCGCCUAGAUCCAGGGACAGCUAUGAACCUUCUGAUGAUGGUGGUUUCGGGGUUAGAACUAUAAGGAUAGGAGGUCGAGUCUUUGAGGUUCGCAGGACUCGGUGCUGA